ACCGAAGACUAACUGCAGCAUCAGUUCCACAAGAGCAAUCAGAAGAAGAGGAUGCACUGCUUCACUUGGACGAUUCUAGCCGGCCUGUUGGCCCUCACCUCAGCUGCUGGAUUGCCCCAGAGGGCGAGCAGUGGUUACCAGGAGCAGGACACGGCCAGAGCCUUCUACUCCUACGGCUAUAGUGACGACAACGCGGCCAGGGCGGAAUACUCCUCAAGAGAUGGCACCUCCCGUGGCUUCUACUCCUACGUGGAUGCCGACGGCAAACUGCAAACUGUUCGAUAUGAGGCCAAUGGCAUUCAGGGUUUCAAGGCCGAGGCGAGUAACCAACCUCAAGCUCCCGUGGAUGAGGGCAAGGCUCCACUGCCAGUAACCGAUACGGAGGAAGUGCAGCAGGCUCGUCUGUCCCACCUCAAUGCUCUGAGGGAAGCGCGGGAGAAAGCUUUGGCUACCAGUUUGCGUGAGGAGGCGGACAGAAGACAGCUGCAGGAUCAGAACAGGAACAACGGGGAGGAUCAGCAGUCGGGAGAGCAGAGCCUGACCGAUGAGGAUGCGGCGAUCUUGGAGAGGGUUAGAGCCGAGCUCUCAGCUAUGUUGGCCGAUCGUCAGCGAUCGAGCAAUCUUCCCAGGAACAGGGAAGAUCAGGAACUGCGACAGGAGCAGGAUAUCCGACUUGAACAGAGACAGGAGCAAAGGCUGGAUCAGAGACAGGAGCAGAGGUUGGAUCAGAGACAGGACCAGAGGCUGGAUCAAAGGCAGGAGCAGCGACAGGAUCUGAGGCAGGAGCAAAGGCAAGAUCAGCGAGAAGAUCGCCGAAAAGAUCAGCGAGAAGAUCGUCGACAAGAUCAACGAGAUGAUCGUCGACAAGAUCAAGGAGAAGAUCGGCGACAGGAUCAACGAGAAGAACGGCGACAAGAUCAACGAGAAGAUCGCCGACCAGAUCAGCGAGAAGAUCGGCGAGAAGAUCAACGUGAAGAUCGGCGACAAGAGCCAAGGCAGGAUCAAGAAUCCCGGCAAGAUCAGCGUCAAAAUCAACGGCAAGAUCAGUCCCGAAACCAAGAAACCUUACGAGAAUUGAUUAACAACCGGGAGAAUGAUCGUCAGAUCGAUCGUCAAAGCUCACAGCUUCUCCAACUGCCGAUAUCCUCCGAUCGUGAUGCGGAUGAUGUACGCCUGCGCACUGUUUACUCCCUGGCCGAUCUCAGUUCCAGCAGCUACCUGAAACUCGGCGACUUGGCCAGUACCGAGAAACUGCUCGAGGAUCGCUUGGACAGCAGUGAUCUUCGUGUGCCGAUCAGUGCCUACUACACCCUGGUUUCCCCCAACACCAAGUAUAGCGUGACCACGCCCACGGAGCUGAGAACCCUUCGUCCAGUGGCCCUCAGUCGCAGUUUGUUGGUAAGCAAACGCACCUGAAGGAUCGAUGCUACGGAUGGUGGAGAUGGAUCAAGGCCGGCUUAUGAUCGUGGAAUAGAAUGAGGUGUACCUAUGACGUGUUUCCUAAGAAUAAAUGCAAGACAGAGCACCAUUGUGCCAAACUUAAA